UGUUUAUUUGGUCCGAUUAUGGCGAUACUUAGUCUGGUGCUUGCUCAACAACCAACUCUCCUUCGCACCGUGCAACUCUUUCCUUCUAUGAUACACACCUCCGCGGUUGCCUAUGCCGAACCACUUAAGAAGAAAAAACGGAUAGACCCGUUGAUUGAACAGAAUCGUUUGCGCAGAAGGACUAGAAAAAUCGAAAAGGAAAUCAAGCGAUUCAAUCGCCAACAACGUCAGCUGAAACCAGUUGCGGAACUGGAGGGCGAUCGUAAAUUACUCAAAGAGCUAGAAUCGCGCAGGCGACAACCAGUGGACCUUAGUGAAAACGAAAUUGACCGACGUGCGGUUCUGUUAAAACAAUGGGGUCGUUAUCAAACAAAUGUGGCAAGAACUGAGUCUCAGCAGUUUUCUCGUGCCAUGCGGGCGCAACAGAGAGCUCUCGAUUGGCUCUAUUUGACAUCCCCGGAGCUGUACAAGGCCGCUAUUCAACCGUUCUAUUUACCCACUACGUGCACGACUGAAGGCGAUUGUGUGCAAGACAUCCUGGGAAAAAUCAAGGGACCCUACUACACAGCGCCUAGAAUCCACGGGGGUCUGGUCGAUUGUCCGGAAGACUAUGAACCACCAGAUGGAGAAGCAGUUGACACAACGCCAGAAUUCACUUACGAAUUCGAGCUGGACCGCAGACUGUUGGCUGAUCCUACUAAAAAGAAGACGGUAGUGAAAAAACAGAUCGACCCAAAAGAAGAGACCGCCGCUAGCAGUGACACGAACUGA